CUCGGAGUGAUUAUGCUUCGACCGUACGAGCCGAGGAACUUUGUCAUACUGCAUGGGGACUGUGACGAAAUAUAUCGGGCUUAAUAAUUUAUAAGUUCAACGUUCAUAUUCGCAUUCAACCUCUCUUAGUCUAUUCCUCGACCCAAACACUCACCCUGCGCCGAUCUCCCGAUAGACAUGCCCCCAGUCGCGCCCGCUACUGGAGGGGCAACCUCCGACCAAGAUGACGGCAUCCGAUCGGAGGACUGGCCCACGGAGUUCAACGAUCCUUUUUCUCAUGACAGUGGUAAUCGGUUGCAGUUCAGCGGCGACGGACUUGAUACCGGCGUUCGAGUUUUAGGCGAUGGGCGCUUAGACAUCCGGAUCAAUGAGCACAAGCCUAGUCUCGCCGGGCUACUCAACCUGCAGCGCCAUCCUAAACCGUCUGAGCUCGAACUUAGGGAAGAAACGGAUGGUGCCGCGAGGGUACAUCUGGAGGAUGGCAAAUACUUUCCGCUGCACCUUAAUAUCGUCAUUCAAGUGAUUGGAUCACGAGGUGACAUCCAACCAUUCGUCGCUCUGGGGAAAGAGCUAAAGGCGCAUGGACAUCGGGUCCGACUUGCCACGCAUCUAGCCUUUCGAGACUUCAUCCUCGAUGCCGAGCUGGAGUUCUUCAAUAUCGGAGGUGACCCUGCAGAAUUGAUGGCAUUCAUGGUCAAGAAUUCCGGACUGCUCCCUAAUAUGAGUACGAUCCGGAGUGGCGCAAUCCAAAAGCGCCGUCGAGAAAUGAAGGAGAUAUUUGAUGGGUGUUGGAGAUCUUGCUUCGAGACGGGCGAUGGCACACAUCUACACCAAAUCAAAGAGGACCCAUGGAGCGAUACGGUGGAUUAUCGUCGCCGUCCAUUUGUUGCGGAUGUCAUCAUUGCCAAUCCACCCAGUUUGGCACAUGUUCACUGCGCUCAGAGAUUGGGGAUACCUCUUCACAUUAUAUUCACUAUGCCAUGGUCACCCACACAAUCCUUUCCGCAUCCCCUUGCCGUAAUUCACCAACAAAACUGCAAACCAACGGUCGCAAACUUUGUCUCCUAUGCAAUCGUCGAUAUGAUGAUAUGGGAAGGUCUUGGCGAUAUUGUGAAUAAAUAUCGUCGUAAUGUCCUUUCUUUGGAUUCGAUAGACGGAAUUACCGCUCCAAGCUUGAUUCACAGAUUACAAAUACCCUGCUCGUAUCUCUGGUCUCCAGCUGUUCUUCCCAAACCCAAAGAUUGGGGUGACCACAUCGAUGUUUGUGGCUUCAGCUUCCUCCCAUCCAAGCCCGAUUAUACCCCCCCGGAGGAGAUUGCACGAUUCUUGAAUGCUGGGCCAAAGCCUAUAUACAUCGGUUUUGGUUCAAUUGUGGUAGAUGAUCAGAAAAAGUUGACAAGGAUUGUAUUUGAAGCGAUUCAAAAAUCUGGACAGCGUGCCAUUGUUUCAAAAGGCUGGGGCAACCUUGGCGUUGACGACGUGGAUGUGCCUGAGAACAUUCUGGUCAUCGGAAGCUGUCCCCAUGACUGGCUAUUCCGACAAGUAUCAUGUGUGAUCCAUCAUGGGGGUGCUGGUACAACUGCCGCUGGGUUAGCACUAGGACGUCCGACAAUUAUCGUUCCUUUCUUUGGUGACCAGCAGUUCUGGGGAGAGAUCGUCGCGAGGUCUGGCGCUGGCCCGUCACCCAUCCCCUAUAAACGGUUGACGGUGAAAGACUUGAGUGAUGCGAUCGAGUUCGCUUUGAGAGAUUCAACAAUUGAGAAAGCUGGGGAAAUUGCAAAGAAAAUGCAAAAUGAAUCAGGCGUGCGAGAUGGUGUACGCAGCUUCCAUCGUCAACUAGAUCUCCGGGCGCUACGAUGUGCGGUAUGCCCGACACGUCCUGCAGUGUGGCAUUUGAAACACACGACUCUCGGAUUCAGUGCCUUCGCAGCAGCUGUACUGGUGGAAACGGGGAAGUUGAAACCGGAGGAUUUGGUCUUAAAUCGACCAAAGGAAUACGAUACCUUACGUGAUCCAGCCGGGCCUUUGAGUGCUAGUGCCCAAGUCCUUGUUGGGGCCAUUGCGAACUUUGUGACCGGCAUCGCAGACGUGCCUGCAGAUGUAAUUCAUGAUUUGGUUGCCGCGGGCCGUGCCGUAGGCCACUCUCAUGAGCGCCUUGAUCCACAUACCAAAUGGCGACAUCGGAAAUGCCACCCUACAGACUCAGGCUUCCAAAGUGAUGGGCCCCAAAAUAACGAGGGAAGCUCUCGAGAAAGGGCCCGAAAUCCCCGACCAAGCUACCAAAGUCAUUCCGACGAACAUCUCCCGAGCGAGGGCGAUGAAUCCCCAGUUAGGGAGGGAAGCUCUCGUCAAAAUGAAAGGGUCUCAAAUUCCCGGUCAAGCUACUCAAGUCACUCUGAUGAAUCUCUUCCGGGCGAGAGCGAUGAAUACGACGGGGACGAAGAUAUGCUCAGCAGCAGCAGUGAUCCAAGCACAACAGACAUGUUUCCAGAUUCAAGUAUUGAAAGGACGCACAGUCUUCAGCUCGAGAAACAACUGACCAUGAGCUCCGAAAUCGCUCACUCCGGGCCACACACUGUUCUCUCCGAGGCCGCAAAUUUGAGCAGCAAGAUGUCGAAGAAAUUCGUUAAUCUUCUUAUUUGGUUGCCGACGGAUCUCACACUCAGCCUUUCCAAAGGUUUCCACAAUGCACCUAAAUUAUAUCAUGACCCGAUGGUGAAGUCGACACCCAAGGUUCAUGAUGUUCGCAGUGGAUUCAGGGCAGCUGGAAAGGAAUUCUAUGAUGGCUUUUACUACGGCGUGACUGGCCUAGUAACCCAGCCUCGAUACGGAUAUAAGAAAACGGGUACCAAGGGGAUGAUCAAGGGAGUGGGUAAAGGCCUUGGUGGAGUUUUCUUUAAACCCCCUGCAGGUCUCUGGGGAUUAGCGGGUUACCCAUUGAGUGGCUUACGACGAAAGAUGUUGGAUUCCCUAGGCAAAUCUAGCGAAGGACAGAUCAUUAUAUCGCGUAUUGCGCAAGGUCACGAAGAAAUGUGCGCAUCUUCGGCCGAGGAGAGGUCAGAAGUGGUAAGAAAGUGGGCCAUAGUCGAGCAGUCGUUGAAGCAGGCGAAGACGAAAAGCAGACAUUGCCACUCGCGAUCUCAGCAUCAUACAACACAUAUGCACCGACCCGCCAUGAUACCUGCCACUUCUUGAGAUAUUUCUCCAGUCCUAGUGAGAUCAUCCCGCAAGCGGGUGAUCCGAGUAAGCUGGCUUACCAAAAAAGGACACAACGAGCACAAUACCUCUUCGUUCAGACAUAAUAUCACAUCUAUCAACAUGGAGUUCGCAUACCAAGAAAGCUCCUAAUCUGGCGAUUUCUCUCCCCAAAAGUAGGCUAUGUCUAGCGAAUACUUUUCAGAAUAGUCAAUUUGUUCUCUCUAAGAUUCUACGCUACCGGGAGCCUUCCCGUUAUAUUAAAUUAGCUAGACUUGUGGGAAAUUCGAAUAUCAAUAUGGUGGAGUGUAUUUCUAGGAUAGAUUUCAAAUCCUUGAAACUUUAACCAGC